AUGGCUUCUGAAAUACCCUUAGACAUAGAGGAGAAGGUCGAAGUGACUCAUGUCGAGAGUAAAUCAGACAUAGACGGUAUUGAUUGGACACACUAUGGCGAUGAUCCCGAUACUAUCGAAGCCUAUAAGACUAUAAUGUCUUGGUCUCCUGAAGAGAGGGCUCAACAAGAGAAACGACUUGUUCGCAAGCUAGAUGUCAUUGUCAUGGCCAUGGCAGUGCUUAUGUACAUAUUAAACUAUCUCGAUAGGAACAGCAUCGCUCAGGCGCGUGUCUCUGGCCUUACGGAGUCCACACACAUCACGCCUAAUCAGUACAGUUUGGUCAAUGGUAUCUUCUAUAUUCUGGCGCAAACCCCUGCCAAUAUGAUCCUCUCGAAAUCCAGACCUUCCGUCUUUUUGCCUGUCUCUAUGUGCGCCUGGGCACUUAUCUCCACGUGUACCGCAGCGACUAAAAGCUUCGGUACCCUGCUCGCCGUUCGUUUCAUUCUCGGUUUCGCCGAAGCCCCAUUCUUUCCUGGAGCCGCUUACUGGUUAACUUGUUGGUAUACCAAGGCCGAGAUCGGACGAAGAUACGCCAUCUACGUGGGAGGGAUUUGUAUCAGUUCGGCCUUUGCCGGUCUGAUUUCCGCUGGUAUCAUCAGUAACCUCGAUGGAAAACAAGGUAUAGCGGGAUGGCAGUGGAUUUUCAUCAUCGAGGGAACCAUCACCGUCGCCGUCGCCAUCUUCGUCUCUUUCUUCAUACCCGACUACCCACAAACAGCACGGCGGUUCAAGCCCAUCGAAAGGGUGCUCGCACGCAUGCGAAUAGACAGCGACGGUGGCCCAUCCGACAUCGGGGGCGAGCCAACCAUGUUCCAAGGCUUCAUCCUCGCCGUCAAGGAUUAUCGGACCUGGUGCCUCGGGACCUUGCAGCUCUGCAUCACGAACAUGAUAGGAUUUAACUUUUUCUAUCCAACUCUAAUGGGAUUAUCACAGGGUAUGGGCUACAAGAACAAGAUCACCAUUCUCCUCCUGUCAGCUCCACCGUACAUGGUAGCUCUCCUCUUCUCAUUCUGUGAGUCACCAGAUAUCACUCGGAAACGUGUGUUACAUUGGGAAAUCUCUUUCGCCGUUACUGCUGUCGCUCUUAUAUUGCUUAUCGCUCUGGCUAAAGUUGAUUCUCCUGGAGGACGUUAUGCUUCUACUUAUAUUCUGGCCAUGGGUUCAUUCGCCGCAUAUUCCGUCGCAUACCCUUGGGUCGGUUCACUCAUGCCACGUCCAAUGACCAAAAGAGCUUCAGCUAUAGGAAUAGCCAAUUCUCUAUCGAAUGUCGGAGCUUUCCUUUCGUCUUACGUCUUUUAUGCGGAGUUAGGACCGACUUAUAGGACUUCUUGGUGUAUCGUCCUUGGUAUGACCGCUUAUAGCGCAGCUAUGGUUUGGUUCCUCGGUUGGCAGAAUAAGAAACGGAAUGCAGAGUGA